UUAUCACCUAAUAGUCUUCCUUUUUCCUUUUGAGCUACAAAUAAUAAGAAAGGUUUCAAGGAAGUACUGAGAGAUGUCGUCGCGUCCCAAGUCAUUACCAACUUUUUAGAGGAUGUUUUAACGUUUAUACUUGAUUAUUCCUUCCUCUGUCAGGACUGACUCACUCUUUACACACUGAUGUAUCACAACUGCAGCUGUCCGUCGAAACUGAUAAGUAAUACUAUACACGAUAUCUGAUUUAUAAUUGUAUCGAAAAAUACACACCAGGCGACCUCGAGCCGGUUCACAGGAUAUCAAAUAGUUUUGGUUCUCGACUUACGGCUCGUCGACAUAUAUAUGAUGUUAUACCUGCAAGGAUACAACCAGCGAUGCUGUGUAAGACCGACUAAUGAAGAGUCACCCAUUACAAGCUUGAGGACAACGAAUACGACAGAUCGCUACGAGCGAUGAUUAAUGAAAUCUAUUGCGGAUACUUUUUCGCGAAGUGAGGUCUAUUUUUUCUAGAACAAACGAUAAUUACUGAACAUUUCGCGAUCGUAAGUAUCGGCGGCGACCCGCGGCCGGCGGCGGCGGGUGUAGCGGGCCGGCGACCGGUCGGGUCGCGGUCUACUUGACUCCGGAGGUUUAUAUAUACAAGUCGCUCGUGAGGACUCCGCAGUACCAGCGGUCGGUGCACACCAUGAAGUUACUAUACAUAUGCUGUGCCGUGGUGGCGGCCGCCAGCGCGGAGGACGGCUACUACGCGCCGCAGACAUUCAAACAACAGGUAUCUCAAGACAUGUUCUCGCCAAUCGACAUGCCGUGGGCUUCGUCACAGAGGUCCAACAUUAUAGGUUAUAACCAGAAGGCGCCCUUCACACCGGCGGAGGACGUCCUGCCGCAGGGCUCCUCUCAGGGCUCGCAGUGGAAGGCGCAGCCCUACGACGACUAUGGCAGAGAACAAGUAGGCCAGGAGGACUGGCGCGCCCCUUACGGCAACAACAAGGAGAGGCAGGCCACUAUCCUGCAUCACAAACAAUCUCUUAGCUCCGAGGGAGCCUUCCGCUUUGAAUACGCGUCCGACUCGGGUCUGGAGGCUGGCGAGGUGAUCUCCCCGGACGGGUCGAGGGUCGGAGCCUACCAGUACAAGGACCCCGCUGGACAACUCGUUAAACUCAAGUAUCGCGCUGGGAAGGAGGGAUUUCAGAUCCUUGAAGGCAGUCACGUCCCGAAGAGUCCAGAGCCUGUAGCACCUCCAACACAAGGAAGCUACUACCCGGACCCGUACCAGCAGCAGCAGCAUUACCAGCAGGAGCAGAGUCCCGACUGGAGACAGGUCCCGCAGGUCCCGCAGGUCCCCCAGGCCCCGCAGGCAGCCGCGGUGCCUCCUCCUCAGUACUACAACCAGAACUGGAAGACAGACGGACGGAGCGACGGACAUUACAAUGAACUCGAAGAGCAGAACCGAGGCCCGCACUCGUUCGGCACGGGAUACGCGUUCGCCUUCAAGGGCUGAAACGGAAAUCAAGAGACGCGUCUUCAAGGAGACGCGUUGACGAGUCUGAGAAGCUCACAAUAAAC